AUGCGCAGCGCAGUGCCCCGUGAAGGUUUUGGCGGGAACGCGUGUGGGAGGCGGCAAGGGGCUCCGACAUGGUAUGAGAUUGUUUUCCUAGACCGGCUUCAUUAUAAUUUUAAACAUUUCGGUUCACAGCAUGAAUGUAUCUCCAUCCAUAUUGGCCAGGCUGGUGUCCAGAUCGGAAAUGCUUGUUGGGAAUUGUACUGUUUAGAACAUGGGAUCCAACCUAAUGGAUUUAUGGCCAGGGAUUGGACUUAUGGAGCUGCAGAUAAUUCCUACAACACUUUCUUUUCUGACACGGGUGGCGGGAAGCUCGUCCCAAGAGCUCUAUUCAUUGAUUUAGAACCCACUGUCAUCGAUGAGGUCCGUACCGGUACCUAUCGACAGCUCUUCCACCCUGAGCAACUCAUCACUGGCAAGGAAGAUGCUGCCAACAAUUAUGCUCGUGGGCACUACACCAUUGGCAGAGAGAUAAUUGAUCUAGCUCUGGAUAGAAUACGCAAGCUGGCUGAUGAAUGCACAGGACUCCAGGGUUUUCUGGUGUUCCAUAGCUUUGGUGGAGGAACUGGCUCUGGGUUCACUUCUCUAUUGAUGCAGUGCCUUUCUGUUGACUAUGGCAAGAAGACAAAGUUUGAAUUUACUAUUUACCCAGCUCCCCAGAUCUCAACAGCUGUGGUUGAGCCCUACAACUCCAUCCUCACCACCCAUACCACCCUAGAACACUCAGACUGUUGCUUCAUAGCAGACAACGAAGCUUUGUAUGAUAUCUGCCGCAGGAACCUGGACAUCGAGCGUCCGACCUACACCAACUUGAACCGGCUGCUCGCUCAGGUCGUUUCCUGUAUUACAUGCUCCCUUCGCUUUGAGGGUGCACAGAAUGUUGAUCUGAUAGAGUUCCAGACCAACUUGGUUCCAUAUCCUCGCAUCCAUUUCCCAUUGGUUGCUUAUGCACCAGUUGUCUCAGCUGAAAAGGCUUUCCAUGAGCAGUUGUCUGUGGCUCAGCUCACCAAUGCCUGCUUUGAGCCAGCAAACCAGAUGGUCAAAUGUGAUCCUCGUCAUGGGAAGUACAUGUCUUGCUGUCUCUUAUAUCGAGGUGAUGUGGUGCCGAAAGACGUUAAUGCAUCUAUUGCUAGCAUCAAGACCAAACGCUCCAUUAGAUUUGUUGACUGGUGCCCCACUGGCUUCAAAGUUGGCAUCAACUACCAGCCUCCCACUGUGGUCCCUGGUGGGGAUCUGGCCAAGGUGCUUCGUGCAGUCUGUAUGCUAAGCAACACCACCGCCAUUGCUGAAGCCUGGGCUCGUCUCAAUUACAAGUUUGACCUGAUGUAUGCCAAGCGCGCCUUUGUACAUUGGUAUGUGGGGGAGGGGAUGGAGGAGGGGGAGUUCUCUGAGGCUCGGGAGGAUUUAGCAGCUUUGGAGAAAGAUUAUGAAGAAGUAGGCAAGGACAGUUCAGAACUUGAUGCUGAUGAGUAUUAG